AUGAGUGGAGAUAACAGCAAGAAGCCCGAGGGCAUGGCGACCAAGGGGUUUCCAGUGGGUCCCGAGAUCAAGGAUUCGGCCCAGGACCAACCCCACUCCACAGACCUGCCCUACCAGCCUGGCAAUGACGACGUCCUGAGCUUCCGGCCAUACAAGGGUGCCGAGAAGCUGAAGGACAAGGUCUGCAUCGUCACCGGCGGCGAUUCGGGCAUCGGACGCAGCAUCGCGGCCAUGUUUGCCAGGGAGUCUGCCAAGUCCGUCACCAUAGUCUACCUGGAGAAGGAACAGGAGGAUGCGGAGCAGACCAAGGAGCUGAUCGAGGCCGAGGGGGUGGAAGCCCUGCUCAUCGCCCAGGACCUGUCAACCGGGGAGGAGGCAGCCAGGUCUGUGGUGCAGAAGGUGGUGGACCGCUUCGGCCGGGUGGACGUGCUGGUUAACAACGCUUCCAUGCAGCACAAGCUGUCCUCCAUCGAGGACACCGACGCCGAAUACCUGGAAUCCACCUUCAAGACCAACGUCUUUGCUAUGUUUUACCUCGCAAAGCAUGUCCUGCCCCACAUGGCAAGGGGGUCGACCAUUGUGAACUCGACCUCUGUCACUGCCUACUAUGGCAGUGCCUCCCUGCUGGAGUACAGCUCCACCAAGGGAGCCAUCGUGGCAUUCACCCGCUCCCUCUCCCUCCAGCUGGCUCCCAAGGGUAUCCGCGUGAACGCCGUCGCACCUGGGCCGAUCAUCACGCCGCUAAACCCUGCCACCCGCGAGCAAGACAACCUCGAUGGCUGGUACAACAAGAUCCCUGCGCUGGGACGCCUGGGUCAGCCCUCCGAGAUGGGGCCUGCAUAUGUCUACUUGGCGUCACAUGACUCCUCUUACAUGUCUGGUCAGGUGCUGCACCCCAACGGCGGCACCAUUGUCAACGGCUGA